AUGAAAAUUAAUGUGACAGAUUUUAAGGACAGUUGCAGAGCUUGCCUCCAACAGAACAAAAUAUUUUACAAUAUUUUUACUUGUUAUUAUGUUAAACGCAAUAUUUCAUGUGUCGAAAUGCUAACCAACUAUACCAAAAUUAAGCCUAUUAAACAGGAUGGUUUACCACAACUUAUUUGCAAGGAUUGCUUCAGGCAGUUAAAAAGAACAUAUGACUUUUGUAUACAGUGUGAAAGCAGUGAGAUAAGGUUAAAUAAUCUUUUGUCGAACCUAAAAAGUCCUGAUAACAGUGAAACUAUUAAUGAAGUUAAAGAAGAAAAUAAUAUCAAGCUCGAACCUAGUGAAGAUAAAAUUAAUCUAAUAUCAGAAGCAGUUGAGUUAAAAUUAGAGCCCAUUCGUGAGAUUAAUGAUGAGAAUGAAAACUGGAAUGCUGAUGAUGAUAAUUUACUUAUUGAAUUUAAACAAAUUGAUCCAAAGGACGAGACAAUUAUUAAGAAGAAAAAAGGGAAGAAGAAAAAAUUUCCACAUUUGGACGACGAAGAAUUGGCUAAACCAACUAGUAAGUUACCACACCAAUGUGAUGUCUGUGGUAAAAUAUUAAGUUCGAAAAGUAACCUCAACUCUCACAAAAUAAUACAUACAGAUCAAAGGCCUUUUAAAUGUAAAGAGUGUCCAGCAUCUUUUAAAGGCCACAGCGGUUUAUUUCAGCACAAGAGGCUACACACAGGUGAAACUCCAUAUCAUUGUGAAUAUUGCCCCAAGCAGUUUAGAAAGAAAACUACACUUAUAUAUCAUAUACGUACUCAUACUGGUGAAAAGGAAUACGAUUGCAAAAUUUGUCUAAAGAGUUUUGUUCAGAGCGCGCAACUCGCGAUACAUAUGAAACGGCAUAGUGGGGAUAAGACGUACCUCUGUCAGGACUGUGGAAAAGCAUUUAUAAUAAAAGCCGACCUUAAAGUUCACCAACGAAUUCAUAACGGAGAAAAGCCAUACUCAUGCCAUUUAUGUGAGAAAACGUUUGCGACGUCUGGAAAUUUGUCAAUACACGUUCGGAUACAUAACAGGGAGUUUAGAUACACAUGCAAAUACUGCAGUCGUGGCUUCAUAACAUGCAGUUCAUACAAUGUUCAUUUAAAGAGACAUCGCGGGCAGAGAGACUAUUCAUGCGAAUGUGGAAAGAAAUUUUACACAUCUUCAGCACUAAAACAGCAUAAAGUUGUUCACACCGGCGAAAAACGUUAUCAGUGCAAAAUUUGCGACCGGAAAUUCACACAGACGAGCCACUUGAGUCGUCAUUUCCGGAAGGAUCAUGCGAAACCGGAUGAUCCGUUGCCGAACUCGGAUCAAUACAAAAUUGUUUUACCCGCAGAAAACGAAACGAGUGUGUUUAAUUUAAAAAUGGACGACGGUGACCUUAAAUGUGAAGCGUAA